AGAGAGAGAGAGAAGAGAGAGAGAGAGAAGAGAGGGAGACAGAGAAGGACAGAGAGAGAGAGAGAGAGAGAGAGAAAGAGCAAGAGAGAUACAGAAAGAACAAGAGAUGCAGGGACAAAGAGUCAGCGAUUGCUUGAUGCAUUUGCGGAACAGGACCAGCUGAAGACGAGGCACUUUGUGCGUGUCAGCGAGGUUUCGUUGUCUGGUGAUUGGCGAGUCCUUUGCAGCGGAACAACUUCAGCGGACGAUACUUUGCAGCUGCAGAAGAGCGGCUACCCCGCAACAUCCUCGUGCACGCCAUGGAUGCACGAGCUUACAGCUUCGGGUACACCGCCGCGUACACCAGUUCCUCAAAGGCAUGCGAAUCCGGAUUUGGCUUUGGACUGUUUUGACGGCCGCAAGCCGGAGCAGGUCAAGGUUGAGCAGGUGAAGGUCGAGGUUGAGGAGACGCCGGGAGACGCCGUGGAUGUGGAUGUGCCGACAGCUCCAGAGCAUGGGCAUGCUCAGGCACGCGAGGCCGCCGCCGAGACUGUGGCCAGCAAACCUGCAGAGUCUCCCACGCUUGCCCACGGUGCUGCUGAGGCUGAGGCUCCAGCAGAGGCUGCAGAGGCUGCAGAGACGCUGCUGGACAGGACGAGCGACGAUCUCCAUAUGCAGGCCCUGCUUGAGUCUCACCAAGCGCACGGACAGGAAGUUGACGACACAAUGCCCCGCCCAUGCUCUCCGACUUCCGUGCAGAAUCCUCGGGGCAGGAUCCGGCAGCACCCUUCUCCCAACACUUCCAAAACGCCAGAGCUUGCAGGUAAGCAAGAGCCGCCUGCAGGGCUGCCUGUGGCAUCCUCGUUGGAGGAGGGUCUGGCCUUCACAGACUUUUACUUGGACCGUUUGGCGAAAAUCCCCGCCGAUGAGCUUCCAGAUGAAUUUGAGAGUGGUUUAGAAUUGCUGGCGGCCAGAAUGGACGACGAUUUCGGCUCUGACUCAACGAGCUUUUCUGGCGUCGAGGCUCCUCACACCAGCAGGCGGUUGCUGCAUUAUCGCCUGGAGCAGCGGCUCCAGCGCAAGAUUCGGCCUCCUUCCUUGUCGUAUGCUGUGGAGUGGAACAGUCACUGCCAGAAGGAGUUGUUGCACCUCAUGGACAUGGAACAGCAGGGUGGCUCCAGUGAUUCCUGCUUGUUCUCAGACAUAUGCGACUUCUUCCGGGAUGAGCUCCUGACACCAGGAGGCCUAAUCUCUCAAUUGAAGCAGCGGCCGUCCAUAGCCGUUGAAACACUCGCGCCUCUGCUAGCACAAGGGGCGCUAGUCAAGAGGCGCGCCUUCUGUUUGCGGCAUCGGAUACUUGGCAGCACUAGGCUCAAGGUGACCCGUGACCCGAUGUGGUUUUGUGUGUAG